CUGGGAGUUGUAGUCCGGCUCCUGUCGGAACUCGGCCGUCGGAGGUCCGAAGCGAUCCGCGCCCUCUGGAGGCGCUUGGCUCCCGGGAUGGAUCCCGCGCCAGAUGCGGCGCCGCUGUCCGGCCUGGUCUGGUCGUCGGCCUCGGCGCCCCCGCCGCGGGGAUUCAGCGCGAUCGCCUGCACCGUGGAGGGCGCGCCCGCCAGCUUCGGCAAGAGCUUCGCGCAGAAGUCCGGCUACUUCCUGUGCCUCGGCGCCCUGGGCAGCCUGGAGAGCCCGCAGGAGAACGUGGUGGUCGACAUCCAGGUCGUGGCCGACAAAAGCGCGCUGCCCCCCGGCUUCGCCCCUGUUUGCGACCCCCUGGACGCCAAGGCCUCCGUGUCCAAGAAGAAACGAAUGUGCAUGAAGCUGAUGCCUCUGGGGGCUGCAGACGUGGCUGUGUUUGAUGUCCGGCUGAGUGGGAAGACUAAGACUGUGCCUGGAUACCUGCGAGUUGGGGACAUGGGUGGCUUUGCCAUCUGGUGCAGGAAGGCCAAGGCACCACGGCCAGUGCCCAAGCCCCGAGCGCUCAGCCGUGACCUGCAGGGCCUCUCGCUGGACCCCGCCGGCCAGCCCAGCAAAAGCAGCUUGCCAGAGCGCACCCUGUCCCGGGCCUCCACGCUUUGCAGGAGCGACUCCAUCUACCAGGCAUCCAGCCUCUACGGGAUCUCCGCCAUGGAUGGGGUUCCUUUCACGCUGCACCCACGUUUUGAGGGCAAGGGCUGUGGCCCCCUGGCCUGCUCUGCCUUCGGGGACCUGACCAUCAAGUCGCUGGCAGACAUCGAGGAGGAGUACAACUAUGGCUUUGUGGUGGAGAAGACAGCUGCUGCCCGGCUGCCUCCCAGUGUCUCCUAGCAACCGAAGCCGGGCCUGUGCCGCCACCUGGCCCGUGCCCACGGCUAUGGGGGGCUCCACCCCCACCCAGUCCUGGGGCCACGGCCUGGGGCGGGGUCAGCUGGAUCCCACCUGUGCCUUCAGUGACUUGUCAAAACCACAGCCACGCGCCCCGCAGCUCUGGGAAUAAACACUACCUGUCCUGCU